AUGGCUAAAACAGAUGAACAAAACACAACCAGAACAUCGAUUAUGGAGCAGAAGCAUAUGCACCAACUUCACCGAAUUGCAGGGACACCGACCCACAAGCUCUUCCUGAAGAAAUGGCUGAAAGAAGAAGAACUCAUCCAUGGCAGCAUAGUUCUGAAGGAGACCCAAAUAGAGUCUGUCGUGGAUCCAAUCACUGUGCUCUCCCUUGGCAUCAUAUGGGCCAUUAGGUACAAGAGCGAUGUGGAGGUCCAUAUGAAAAAGAUGUUGCAGAGGGAGAAAGAGGAUAAGGGGAUGUUGGGGAAGUGUGUGGAAAAUGAAGUAUAG